UCAGUGAAUUAAAAAAUAAUCUGUGGCAGUGAAAAAUUCAGAACUUUUUAUUUCGGAUAGUGAGAAAAAAUAAGUUGAACAAUAAAAAAAAAAGAAUCGAAAAAAGCUGGAUUAAAUGAAUAACUAAUUAAAUUGCUUUUCGAACUGCACGAAGAUCCAAGAUUUGUGAAAAAAAGAAGUAUUAAUAAAAAGAAGAAAAGAAGUCAAGAAGGCCACAAUUAAGAGAAUCAUUUUGAGGCACACACAGAAAAAAAAGCACGAAAAGGAGUCGAUAAGAGUCAAUGAACGCAAAUUAGCAUUGACAUUAACAGCUAAUUAACUGAAUGUUAAGAUUUGAAAACAUUUUAUACUUGAUAAGCUCAGCAACUGAGUAGAAAGAUAUAUGUGGUCAUUAUAACCUGAGAACCAACAAACGAAAACAGAAAAAUCAAUUUUUAAAUCUCGCAUGCACGAAAAUAUAUUUUUACUUACCUCAACAACAAUUGCGUCUCGCAUGACAUUUAUCUGAGAGGAGGAAAUCAAAAUAAGAAGUGGAAAUCUCAUAGCAAGACUAAUUAAAUUAUACUUCUUGCUGUAUAUUUUCAACAUAACAUAACAUAAAUUGAUUUUUGAAUUAAAGAAAAAAAAACCCGAGAGAAGAGAAGAGAAGAAAAAGGGGAAAAAUGUCAGAAAGAUUUAAUUAACCAUUAUCGCAUACCAUUCGAUCUCAAUUUUUAUUUCAUUUUAUUCUGCUGUUUGAAAUCAUACACAAACGAGAGACCCGAAAAAGUAUAAAAGAAUUGAAAAAAAGGAGAAGAAAAGAAUAUAAAAAAAUUGGACUGGAACGUUGAUUUUUGUUUCAAGAUAUUUUAAUUGCCAUUUCGCGUACAGACCGACAAAAACAAAAGAAAAAGGCAUAAAAGAGUCUUAAAUAGACUUUUAUUUGCAAAGUAGAGACGAGAACACAAGCAAAGUCAAAUUGAAGGGGGAAAAGCCCCAAGCGAAUGACAAUAUAGCAGCAGACAUAGAAGAAUUGUAUAGAUGAUGAUUAAUAAGAUGUUCAUUUAAUGAGCAUCAAGAUAAACAAGGGAACUUUAGAUUGAAAUAAUUACAUAGAAGAAACGAACGUUGAUCUAUGCAAAAGUAAAAUUCAACCGACCAUAAGACAUUUGAUUUAGAAUUGACAAGGAGUCAAUUUCCUAGACACAAAAUUAAAUUUCGAUUAUUUAACAAUUAUUAAAGACGUGUAGUUAUAAAAGGCAUCAAGCUGGCAGCGGUAGCAAUGAAUCCACAUUAUAAUCCGUAUGCGGAUUUAAAUUCACCACAUUCCCCUGGGUCGGAUAAUUAUCCACCACUAAGUCAUCAUAAUGGUCAUAGUACAUUAAGUCAAAUGGAUGGUCAUCAUCAAGGCUUUCAUCAUAUGAACAAUAAUGGUGGUGCAAUGAAACAUUGUGCUGGAUGUGGUGGUAAAAUAAUGGAAAGAUUUUUCCUGCACGCAUUAGACAGAUACUGGCAUAAUUCAUGUCUAAAAUGUUCCUGUUGUGGGGCAAUGCUUGGCGAUAUAGGCACUAGCUGUUUUACGCGUAGCGGAAUGAUUUUAUGCAAGGCUGAUUACUCUAGACUUUUUGGAAAUUCAGGAGCUUGUUCAGCGUGCGGACAAAACAUACCAGCAAAUGAGUUUGUGAUGAGAACGACAACAAAUAUUAAUAAUAAUAAUCCCCAGCCGAAUAAUCAAAAUGUUCAGAACUUUGUGUUUCAUCUGAAAUGCUUUUCAUGCUCAAAAUGUGGCUCACAUUUAGUUCAAGGUGAUAGAUACUAUAUGUUAGCAGGUAGUCUAGUGUGCGAACAAGAUUGGCAUAAAUUGGUAAAGACAGCGACACCUAAUCCAACUCCACCUUUACGAAAGGGAAAAGAUGGACCGCGCCUCGGUCGUCCACCGAAAAUCAAAAAGCUUGACGAUGAUCAACAUGCUCACACACAACAAUCUCAACCGCCACAUCCAAUUUUACCAUCCGUUUUAUUAGAUGAUGAUCCAUCACGAAAUAUGCUCGUUCCACGUCUCCAUCCACAAUCAAUAAUGGCGAGAUCGCCACAAAAUGAGGGAUUGUAUAGUAAUUUAUAUGACAAAGACAUGAGUCUGAUGCGAAAAUUGAUGAAUUUGGAUGAAUUCCAAUGUUCUAGUAAUGGAAAUGGAAGCAACAUAACGGCACCCAAUAGCGACAUAAAUGCAUCGAAACAAUUUCAUCCGUACACAAAUGGCAGCAAUGGUGGUACUGUUGGAGGAAUAUUUAAUGGGAAAUUUACAAGUCCCACAAAUUUUGCGUCAUCAUUUCCUUACGAUAAUAAGCAGCAACAACAGCAUAUUGCGAAUGGUAUGAGUCGAAAUCACCACGAUGGUCUACUUAAACCAUGCUAUGAUCAUUUUUCGAAUACAGCAACGACCACAAAUACGAAAUCAGAGCCGCUUGAUGAUAAUUUUGGAAGUAAUCCAAUAACAGGCAGUAGUAAUGGCAGUGGCAUUGUUGGCUACAAAAAGCAAUCAUCUACAAUAACAACGACGGCAACUUCUUUAUUCUCAUCUGGUGGUAAUGUUGGCAGUGGUGGUGGCUUCAUGAAUCAAUUCUCCCAUGAAUCAUUAUUCGGUGCCAACAAUCAUCAUCAUCAUCACCAACAACAUAGUCUUCAUCAUCAUAAUCAACCAUUCACAAAGCUCAAUGAAAUCAAUAAUAAUAGUAACAGCAACAAUAAUAAUAGCGGUAUUGUAAUAAAAUUGGAAAAUGGCGGAAAUAUUGGCGUUGGACAGCAUGCAAAUGACUUUACAAAAAUGUCAAAUGAACAACAGCAGAAUUUAUGUUCACGUAGCUCAACUACAAUUGCAACAGCAUCAAACAAAACUGAACCAAAUGAAUUUAGAAAUAGUAAUAAUAAUAGUAAUAGCAGUAAUCACAAUAAGGAUAGUAAUAAUCAUAUUGAUAAUGAUGAUGAACGUAAAAAUUCGACAUUACAUAACGAUGAUAGUAACGAUGGAUUUACGCAAUUGUAA